AUGGUAGAGGUAAGAACCGGACUUAGGCAGAAUGAUGCCUUGUCGCCAAUCCUUUUAAAUGUAAUACUAGAAAAGGCGAUCCGAGAAAUAAAAAUUGGAAGAGACGAAGGAGUGAUAAUGGAUAGAACUUACUUUGGUCUGCUCGCCUACGCGGACGAUAUAGUCUUGCUAGGAGAAAAGGAACAAAAAGUAGUAGACUUAUGUAGCAGAUUGAUUAAAGGGGUAAAAAGGUGGGGCUGUAUCUUGACACGGAGAAAACGCAAUAAAUGAAAGUUAGUAAGAAACUAGGUGACGAUCUUACAACUGAGAUCAUAAUAAUGGGUCAGCACGAAUUCAAACAAAUAGAACAAUUCAAAUACCUGAGCACUCUUAUAACACAGAAGAAUAAAUGUCAAAUAGAAAUCCAACAUAGAAUUCGGUUAUAUUCGACAACCAUAUGACCAAUAGUCAUACAUGGCUAACAAUGCUGGACGUUGUGAAGGACGAAGGAGGACAGAUUACAUGUUUUCGAGUGGAGAGUACUGCGCAAAAUAUAUGGAUCUGUAUAUGAUUAGAAUAUUAAAAGAUGGAGGAAAAGACACAACCGAGAACUAA